AUGAUUUCAAGUACGACAAAAUCAGGCGUCCUGCCUGCACCUCCUGGUGUUAAGACAGACUUCAGUGGUGACCGAACCGAUCUUCAAAGCAAGAUCAUCGUGGUAUAUGUAGUGAUGACGAUACUUUCCACCAUUGUGCUCGGGCUACGACUGUAUACCCGUAUCUUCAUCCGCCAUAUGACCGGGUUGGACGAUGCGCUGGUGGUCCUCAGCUGGUGUGGCUGCAUCGCAUGGAUGGUAAUAUGUUUCCAAUCCUUCCAGUAUGGCUUCGGCCAACACCUCUGGAAUGUGACUAUGGAGCAAUUGGUGGACUACACGAAGAUGCUUGUCGGCAUCAUGGUGGUGUACGUUUGGACACCAGCUCUUGCUAAGCUCUCAUUGUUAGCACUCUACUACCGUCUCAACCCAGACCGGAAAGUUCAAGCAUCUAUCUACGCAUUAGCAGUCUUAGUCACCGGAUACUCCUUAGCUAUCACUGUCGUCGCCGCCGGACCGUGUAAUCCGCGAACUCAUACCGACCAAAAGUGCCUUACGGACCUCAACCUGUUUAUGGCAUGUAUAAACAUAAUCACAGACUUCUUGAUCCUUUGCUUGCCGAUACCAAUGCUGCACGCUUUGCAAUUGCCCAUGAAACAAAAGAUAUUACUGGGAUUUGUGUUCGCUCUAGGAUCUGGCGUGGUCGUUAUAUCCACCGUCCGCAUCAUCUACGUCUACAGUAUGAUCAGUGAUCCCGACUCGACUUACAACGUGGCUAAAGCAUGCAUCUUCUCUACAGUCGAGCUCAACGGUGGAGUAAUUUGCGCAUGUGUCGCGCUCUUGAAGCCUUUCAUACAGCAGUAUAUGCCCUGGAUACUUUCACUCUCGAGUGGAAGCGGAAGCGGAGACCGAUCCAGGAUUCGCAAGCUGAAGAUGUUUGUGAAGCGAAGUGGGGAGAAGAGCUAUGAACUACAAAGCGCAGACGCAGGUGCAGAUGCGGCCAAGCACGAUGACGACAACAGAUUGGAUCGCCGGAUCGCCGUGACGAGGUCAUAUAGUGCCUCGGGUUCGAAGACAGGGAAAAGCGACGGUGACAGCAUGGAAGACCUCUUUGCGCCGAACGCAGGCUGGAACGGCGGUCGAUAG